CCAGUCUCUUCAGAAAGGCUCACUCUCCAGUUUGAGUCAGAACUAGGGACCAUGCCGUCCCAGGCUCAAGGAUAAAAACCAUCAGGCCCAAGUGCCAUCCAUAGUCCAUCUCCAGUCUUUCCUCCACAAAUUGGGAUUCCUCCUUCCUGAAAAGCAAGGGAACAAAAAAAAUCAUGCUAUCACAUAAUACCAUGGUGAAGCAGAGGAAAGAGCAAGCAUCAGCCAUCAUGAAGGAAAUCCAUGGAAAUGAUGUAGAUGUCAUGCACCUGGGCAAAAAAGUCAGCGUCCCCAGAGACAUCAUGUUGGAAGAAUUAUCCCAUCUCAGUAACCGUGGUGCCAGACUAUUUAAGAUGCGACAAAGAAGAUCUGACAAAUACACAUUUGAAAACUUCCGGUAUGAAACUAAAGCACAAAUAAACCACAAUAUUGCCAUGCAGAAUGAGAAACUGGAUGGAAUCAACUUGGAAAGUGGUUCACAGCAAGCACCAUUUACUCCUCCUAACACCCCGGAUCCACGAAGUCCCCCAAAUCCAGAAAACAUUGCACCAGGAUAUUCUGGACCACUGAAGGAAAUUCCUCCUGAAAGAUUCAACACCACAGCUGUCCCUAAGUACUACCAGUCGCCCUGGGAACAGGCCAUUAGCAAUGAUCCGGAGCUUUUAGAAGCUUUAUACCCUAAAUUUUUCAAGCCUGAAGGAAAGGCAGAAUUGCCUGAUUACAGGAGCUUUAACAGAGUUGCCACCCCAUUUGGAGGUUUUGAAAAAGCAUCAAAAAUGGUUAAAUUCAAGGUUCCAGAUUUUGACCUACUACUUCUAACAGAUCCCAGGUUCAUGGCCUUUACCAAUCCUCUUUCUGGCAGACGGUCCUUUAAUAGGACUCCAAAGGGAUGGAUAUCUGAGAAUAUUCCUAUAGUUAUAACAACUGAACCUACAGAGGAUAACACCAUACCAGAAUCAGAAGACCUAUAAAAGAAAGUUGUAUGCGCGACAAAAACCUCUGAAUAUAAAUGUUGCUGUAUUAUUAUUCUACUCACUGGCAAAGCCACUAACACUCUUCAUUAGUAGCAAUAAUUUAAUAGCAAUUUAGCAAUUUUCCUUUUAUGGCAUUUAAUCUCAAUCUCAGAUCAAAAUCUAAUAAACAAUUCAAAAUCUUAUUAAAAAAAAGAAACAAAAAC